AUGCCUUCCAUUUCACAGCGUGGUUCACGUAACAAUUCGUUUAGUUCGGAAACUACGGUUCCAUCGCUCGCUGAGGCCUCUGCUGUCUCGCCCUUUGGUCUCCCCACUGACCCAGAAUCGCUGUACGGAACGACCCUGACAUCGGCCCACACUGUGAUCACUACUGUGCCUUAUUAUUUGUCAGAUAGAUUGUUUAGUUAUGCAGCUCCUGGUGCGGAUGGUGCCUUAGAUGCUGCUGCUCAUCUGUGGAGGACAUAUUUAAGACCUAACGCUCAAGGAAAUGUGCCUCAUUUAACCAGAUUUGAUAUCAGAUCUGGUGCUUCCAAUGCCAUUUUGGGUUAUCUGUCAGGGCUAGAGCCUUCCGCUGUGGUGCCUGUUUUAGUUCCUGGCGCUGCUUUGACUUAUAUGCGCCCUGUUCUGGCUGAGCGUAGGGACUCACCUGUACCAGUCGCUUUCAAUGUUUCUGCAUUGGAUUAUGAUUUUGAAACCUCUACCCUGGUGUCCAACUAUGUUGAACCAUUGAAUGCUGCCCGUUAUUUGGGUUACUCUGUGUUCACUCCAUUGAGCAAAAACGAGGCUCAAAGCAUCGCCAUUUUAACUCAUGCGCUGGCCAACAUUGAGCCAACCCUCAAUUUGUACGAUGGCCCUUCUUACCUCAAACAAUCUGGAAAAAUCGAAGGCAUAUUAACUGGUGAAAAGCUGUUCCAGCUUUACCAGAAACUGCUAGCUGAGAUCCCUUCUUGGUCGAAAAUAGAGUCCUACAAGAGACCUGCUGCUGCUUUAGCCUCCUUGAGCAAACUCACCGGUUCUAGACUGAAAUCUUUCGAAUACGCCGGCCACAAUUCACCUUCGACCGUUUUUGUUAUCCAUGGAUCAGUAGAAUCUGAACUUUUGUUGCACACUGUAGAACGCUUUGCUGAGAAAGACGUCCAAAUUGGCGCUAUUGCAGUUAGAGUUCCGCUCCCCUUCAAUAUUGACGAGUUUGCUUCUUCUUUUCCAUCUUCUACCAGAAGAAUUGUCGUCAUUGGCCAGGUUCAAAGCUCUUCUUCUUCUUCUUUAAAGAAAGAUGUCGCUGCCUCUUUGUUCUGGAAACUCGGUGCUUCUGCUCCAGCUGUCGCAGAGUUUGUCUAUGAGCCAAGCUUCAAUUGGAGUAGCGAUUCCUUGGAGUCGAUUAUUGCCUCUUAUGAAGUCCUUCCAAAAUCAACCUCAGCCACCAAAGGAGACUACAUUUUCUGGACCGCUGACAAUGGUCGUUUUGCGGAAGUUGCUUCCAAGAUUGCCUAUUCCUUUUCACUUAGGGAUGACAACAAGCUAAGUUACAGAGCAAAAUUUGACAAUAUCAAUGGUGCGGGCGUACUGCAGGCUCAACUAAGAACUAAUUCUCUUGUUGCCACCGAUAUUGAUGCGGCAGACAUUGUCUUCGUAGAGGGUUUCAAGUUGUUGCAAGCCUUCGAUGUGGUUUCAACCGCCAAAGAAGGUGCUACGUUAAUUAUUGCAUCUUCAGACUCAAUUGAAGAUUUGGACAAGGUUGUAGAGUCAUUUCCCACUACUUUCAAACGUGAUGCUGCUACAAAGAAUUUGAAGAUUCUUCUCAUCGACUUGGCAUCUGUUGGUGAGCAGGAAGGUCUUGGUGCUAGAACGGGACCAAUUGCUUGCCAGGCUAUUUUUUAUAGGGUUGCUCAACCUGAGUUGGCUGACCAGCUGACUCGUUACUUGUGGGAAGGAGCAGCCUCUGAGACUGAAUUAUUGGCUUCAGUUGUUGCUGAAGUUAUUUCCAAAGUUGAAGAAGUUGGUAUCAAGGAACUUUCCGUCGAUAAAGAAUGGGCCUCUCUUCCAACAGGGGAAGAAGAAGAAGUCAUUUUACCCCCUAGACCGCUUGAAACUUCAUUUGAGCCCAAUCUUAGGGAAUCUGCAAUUGUCCCUCCUCCAGCCAUCAGUUCCAAGCUCGAACUCUCAAAGAAACUCGUUUUCAAGGAGAGUUAUGGUUUGACUAACAGCCUAAGACCUGACUUACCCGUUAGGAAUUUUAUCGUCAAAGUCAAGGAAAACAGACGUCUGACCCCCGACGAUUACUCACGUAAUAUUUUCCAUAUUGAGUUCGAUGUCUCUGGUACCGGAUUGACUUAUGACAUUGGAGAAGCGCUUGGAAUUCAUGGUCGUAACGACCCUGCACUGGUCGAAGAGUUCAUCCAAUGGUAUGGUCUCAAUGGUGAAGACCUUAUCGAUGUUCCUUCUAGAGAUGAUCCUAACACAUUAGAAACCCGGACCAUCUUCCAGAGUUUGGUGGAAAACAUUGAUUUGUUUGGAAAACCACCUAAACGUUUCUACGAGGCAUUGGCUCCAUUCGCUCUUGACAGCAGUGAAAAAGCUAAAUUGGAGAAAUUGGCUUCUCCUGAAGGAGCUCCGCUGCUUAAGGCUUAUCAAGAGGACGAAUUUUACUCUUUUGCGGACAUUUUGGAACUGUUCCCAUCUGCCAAACCAACUGCCAGCGAUUUGGUUCAGAUUGUCUCUCCGCUGAAGAGACGUGAAUACUCCAUUGCUUCCUCUCAGAAGAUGCAUCCUAAUGAGGUCCAUCUGCUCAUUGUUGUUGUCGAUUGGAUUGACAAAAGAGGUCGUCAAAGAUUUGGACAGUGCUCCCAUUACCUUUCUGAACUUAGUGUUGGGUCUGAACUGGUUGUCAGUGUUAAACCUUCGGUCAUGAAGCUGCCACCAUUGUCUACCCAGCCUAUUGUUAUGGCUGGUCUGGGUACAGGAUUAGCCCCAUUCAAGGCUUUCGUCGAAGAGAAAAUCUGGCAGAAGCAACAAGGAAUGGAGAUUGGUGAAGUUUAUCUGUAUUUGGGUGCUCGUCACCGUAAAGAGGAAUACCUGUAUGGAGAAUUGUGGGAAGCUUACAUGGACGCCGGAAUUGUCACACAUGUAGGAGCUGCUUUCUCCAGAGACCAGCCUCACAAGAUUUACAUUCAAGAUCGUAUUAGAGAGAACUUGAAAGAGUUGACCUCUGCCAUCGCUGACAAGAAUGGUUCUUUCUACCUAUGUGGUCCAACUUGGCCAGUUCCGGACAUUACGGCCUGUUUGCAAGAUAUCAUCGAAAGUGAUGCUGCUAGACGUGGAGUCAAGGUUGACGCUGACCAUGAGAUUGAGGAGAUGAAGGAAUCCGGUCGUUACAUCUUAGAGGUUUAUUAG